AUGGCUCCGGAUGCAAAAGAUUGCGAAUCAGUUAGAUUGAACGUAGAGGAAGUUCCUGUGCAUCAUGGUAGGAGGAUCCUGCCAGGUGAACCUAAACCAGCUGUAGCCUGGACGGAAAACGAGGAUGAUAAGCAGAGUGAUAAUACUAACAGUCCAGGAGAGAACAGAAGACUUUUGCCUAGUCAACCACCGCCUAAACAUAAAUCUCGUCUUCAAGCAGGUCUGACUCUAGGAGUCCAUCCUUCGGGCAAAUACAUUAAGUGUCCACAAGUUCAAGAGAAGAAAAAGGCAAUAUCUAAAUUCGAGAAAAGAAAACAAAAGCUUAUAACCUCACUGAAACCGCCGUACUUUAUUUUAUUUGUGAUUGUUUUAAUAGUAGUUGUGCAUGUAUGUGACACUGAGCGUGUUCGAUCUACGCUAGAGUGGUCCCCAGCGGCAUGGUUGCAGGAGCCAUGGAGAGUAUUCACCUAUGGGCUUGUCCACGCCAAUGUACCACAUCUAACUCUGAAUGCAAUCGUUGCUUUAGCUGUUGGUUGGCCUUUAGAAAGUGAGCAGAGAUGGUGGCGGGUGCUUUUCGUGUGGUGCGGUGGCCUAGUGGCCGGCGCACUCGGUGCGGGUAUAAUGCAACCAAACGUACGUGUCGUCGGCGCAUCCGCAGCGGUUUAUGCUCUUCUUACUUCGCAUUUAGCAAAUGUUUGCUUUAGAUACGGACACGUCCCCCUCUGGUGGUUUCGACCUCUAAGUGUUGUCGUGCUGGGCACCUCUGAGCUAUGCUGGGCGCUUAUACGGGAGGCACCUAUGGAAGAGGUCCAAGCUGCGGCUCCUGCAGCCACGACUCAGGAAUACGUUGCUUGGUCUGCUCAUAUACUGGGUGCGGCUGUUGGAGUUCCACUAGCUUUCUUAGUCUUUACUGGUGAAAACUACAACAAAUCAUUCGUGGUCGCAUGUCGCACGAUAUCAGGCUUACUUCUCAUCGUUGCCAUCGUGCUAACCACUCUCCACUACACCCAAUACUCUGAAGAAGAAGAACAUAUCCCCUGGUACAUGAGAAGUAACCAGACUUGA